GUCUCGGAUGCACACAGCGCACGGACGAGGCUCAGCUGCGCGCAGCCGGCCGGCGAAGCUCAGGCGCUGCAAGAGACGCCCUGUGCGCCGGGCGCGACUGACUAGCGCCGGGGGGCUGCGUGUGCUGCAAGGCAAAGCGUGUCCACCGGCCGGGGUUGGCGUUGCGCUAUCAGGCAAGCCACCAUGGUCCGCUUCGCCGAAGACGACACCUACGGCGGACAGGACACAUACGCCGGCCAGGAGGCCGCCUACGGCGGUCAGCAGGACGCGUACGGCGGCCAGCAAGAAACGUACGGCGGCCAGGACUGGGCGCAGGAAGGCGCGUACGACGAAGCAGCCUACACGCAGCCCGCCGACGAGGCUGGCGGCGCGUACGGCGCCGACGCGGCCUACUCCCAGCACGUCGCCGACGACGCGAACGACUACGGCGGCCAGAACACGGCGGCGUCGGACGACGCGGUCUACGACCCGGCGUACGCCGAGGAGGACUACGGCGACCUGGACCUCGACGCGGGCGAGACGCGCUUUCCCGAACUCGAAGCCGCGGCCGCGUCGCACUUGCAGGCGUGCGAGCGCGGCCGCGCGGCGCGGAAGCGGCACAAGGCGACGAUGGAGGCGCGAUCAAAAACCAAGAGCGCAACGGCGUUGCAAGCCCGCGUGCGCGGCCGGAACGAGCGGCGCAAGGACCGGGACUUCAUGCGGACGCCCAACGCUAAGGCGGCGUCCCCUGAUCCCCGGACCCCCGGAGGCGGCCUUAAAGGAGAUUCUUCGCUGCCGGACAUCAACAACGCGGCGGCGCCCGACCCCCGGACGCCUGGAGGCGGCCUCAAGGACCAGGAGUCGCCGCCGUCGGUCCGCUUCGCCGCGGAGCCGCAGCUGGACGCCCCGUCGGAGUUCCGCGCUCGGCGGCCGCCGACUCCGCUCCCUCAACUCGGUGCGAUGAAUUAUGACGACGAGGACGACGACGAUGACGACGACGAGAUCGAGGAGGACGCGGCGAUCGCGACGCCGCGGCGAGACGACUCGCGGGCCCCGGAGGUGGACCGCGACGACGUCGACGCCGAUCCUUCGCCGAUAUCGGUGAUAGAGUCCCCUCCCGUGCGCCGAUCAGUCGGUUUCUCAGCCGAUCCACCGAAGCGGGCACGCAACGUCGCCGCCGACGACGAUCCACCGCGACGGGCGCGCUUCGCGGCCGCUGCCGAGGAGCCGCCUCGUAGAGCUCGCUUCGCCGCCGCCGCGGAGGAGCCGAGACGCACACGCUUUGCAGCCGCCGACUCGCCUCCGCCGCGCCGCAAAACGCGCUUCGCGGCCGCCGACUCCCCGCCGCCGCGCAAGGCGCGCUUCGCUGAGGAGCCCUCGCCCCCUAGACGGACGCGCUUCGCCUCCGACUCGCCGCCUGCGGCUCGGUUCCCGGGCGCCUCGCCGCCGCAAUCGACGGCCGAAGACUCCCCUCCGCGACGAGCUCGUUUUUCUGAGAGCGAGACGCGCUUCCCUGGCGCUUCACCACCGGGCCAGGCCUCGCCUCCGCGCCGUGCUCGGUUCGCCGCGGGCCAGGACUCGCCACCACGCCGGCGCGUCCGGCGGACGCGCUUCGCCGAGACGACGACCGAGUCGCCGGCGCCGAGCGACGACGACGCGCGGUCGCGGCGCGUCCGCAGAGCGGGCGGCACGCCACCCGCGAAAGGUCGGCGGCGCGCUCGCAUCCGCGAGCCGUCGCCCGACGCGUCCGAACUGCACGCGACGCGGCAGGCCUCGCUGGCGGCGGCCGCGCUGGACGCGCGAAAGAAUCGCGGCCCGCGCGACGCCGACGACGCCAUGGCCUUUAGCCCUCCGGGCGCCGAGACGCCGCAGUCGCUCCGCGACUCGAGCGAUGUCGUUAGAGUGCAGUUCGUUGCGGGCGCGACGCCGAGCGACGCGCAACCGCCUCUGGAAGAACCAGAGAUGCCUGUGAGGCACGAGCCGAAGAGUCGCUUGGGCGUUCUCGAAGCGCGACUGGCGGCUUUGGAAGCGGACCGCGGGCCGCGGCGGCGCAAGAAGAAGGCCGCGGCCGUGGAGAAGCAGGAAACUGGCGAUGAGGAAGAUGAAGCGAACGACGGAUUCCUGCUGGCCUUCCUCGUGGCGGGCGGAGUGGACGCGCCGCGCGCGGUCCGAGCCGCCGGACGCCUCCGGCUGCGAGGUUCCUACGCCUCGAGCCAGGCCUUCGCGACGAUCCCCGCGGCGACGCUGCAGCAGGCGGGCCUCCGGGCGCACGAGAUCCGUGCGACUCUACGCGCGGCGCGACUCGCGCGGCAGGCUCUGCGGGCCGCGCCGCAGCGGCGCGCGGCAAAGGCCACGAUGCGAUCGAAGUCGACCACCGAGGCCGAGUUCGCAGAAGCGCUCAAGCCGCGCCGCGCGCCGCGCGUCGACCCGAAUUCGUGGGCGCACCGGCGACGUGCGCAGAUCCGCUCGGCCGAGCGCCGUCGAAGAUUGCGCCAGACCGAGUAGCUUGUAAGAAUCAAGACCUAGCUUGAAUUCCGCCGCCGCCGGAAGUGCCGCCGGUUGGGCCGCCUGCAUCAACCAUGACCUACAAA